AGAAAGGUCAAACGCUAAGAGGCUAACACGCUGCUUGAAGAAAAUCCGACUGACAGACGGGGCACAGUUCUGUUUAGUGAAAAUCCACGCAUACAGCUGCUUCAGCAAUGUUAAAGAUAGACGGGCUGGGGCCCAAAAUGGACCCAGAGGAAAUGAAGAGGAAGAUGCGAGAAGACGUGAUGUCAUCAUUGCGGAACUUUCUUAUUUAUGUUGCCCUUCUCAGAGUCACACCCUACGUCCUAAAGAAGUUGGACAGCAUAUGACCUGGGCACCACCCCUGCCCUCCAAUUCCCGGAGACAUUGAGGAUCAGAGACUGGAGAUUUCAGAAAAAUCACUGUUUCAGAAGACACGCCAGGAAAGGAGCUGAAGAGAAGAGCCAAUGCCAGUGUUGUGUGUGAUGUGAUUAAUCAGUUUUGCCUUUGUUGUAUUCAAUUAAACAAGCUAAUGAAUGUA